AUGCAACAGCUUGAGAAGAACCUGGAAGAGGAACAAUCUGUGAGUUAUCCAAGCAGGGAGAGACUGCGAUAUCUUAAAAGAGAGCUGGUGCAUGCUUACAAAGAUGAUGAGAUGUAUUGGAAACAGAAAAGUAGGCAAAAGUGGCUAAGAUUAGGUGAUGGAAACACCAAUUUUUUUCACGAUUCGGUCAGAUGCGCUAGAAAUCACAAACGUCUGGAAUCACUGCGAGAUGUGAAUGGGGUAGAACAAAGAUCAGAAGCUGCAAAAGGAGAUGUGGCAGUGAGCUACUUCAAGAAUCUGUUUCAGUCUUCAAACCCGACAGCCUUCCAAAGUUGGUUUGGAGAUAUGAUUCCAAGGAUCUCUUCGACAAUGAAUGAAUCCCUGAUCAAGGAGGUGUCGGAUCGUGAGAAAAAACAGGCUGUGUUCUCAAUUAAACCUUCAAGUGCUCCUGGGCCUGAUGGAAUGACUGGUCUCUUCUUCCAACAAUUUUGGAACAUUAUUGGUAAGGAAGUGUCUACAGAAGUGAGAGCAUUCUUUAUCACCGGAGUCUUCCCCAGGGAAUGGAAUUACACUCACUUAUGCCUGUUGCCAAAAAUUGUGGAUGCAAAGGAAAUGACGGACUUGAGGCCAAUCAGUCUUUGUUCAGUUUUGUAUAAAAUUUUCUCGAAGAUUUUGGUGAAAAGGCUGCAACCAUUCUUAUCUCAAAUUGUCUCUGUCAAUCAAUCGGCGUUUGUCUCGGAAAGAUUGAUCUCGGACAACAUCAUCAUAGCACAUGAGUUGGUGCAUGCUUUGCGUACUCACCCUACUAUAAGUGAAGAGUUCAUGGCUGUAAAGUCAGAUAUGUCGAAAGCAUAUGAUAGGGUGGAAUGGGCUUAUCUAAGGGCGUUGUUGUUGGCUUUGGGAUUCCAUGGAGAAUGGGUUAAGUGGAUCAUGUACUGCGUAUCGUCUGUUUCUUUCUCAGUACUCAUUAACGAUCAGCCUCAUGGGAUCAUUACACCGCAGAGGGGUUUGAGACAGGGAGAUCCCUUAUCACCGUUUCUCUUUGUGUUGUGUACGGAAGGAUUAUCCCAUUUGUUAAACCGAGCAGAGAGAAUUGGAGUGCUUAGAGGGAUCAGUUUUCAGGAAAAUGGUCAUUCGGUGCAUCACUUGUUGUUCGCGGACGAUAGUUUAUUUCUGUGUAGAGCGUCAAAUCAAGACUGUGAGUCUUUGAAAGACAUAUUGACUAUUUAUGGAGAUGCGACUGGCCAAGUGAUCAAUCAAAAGAAAUCUUCAGUGACUUUUGGAGCAAAGACUGAGAUGGAGCAAAGGAAAAGGAUCCAACAGAAGCUACAUAUUUUUAAUGAAGGAGGAGCGGGAACUUACUUGGGUUUGCCAGAGUGCUUCAGUGGCUCAAAAAUAAAACAGUUGGACUACAUAAGGGAAAGAGUUCAGACGAGAGUUUCUGGGUGGUUCUCGAGAACCUUAUCUCAAGGUGGCAAGGAGACUCUUCUCAAAUCGGUCCUCUCGGCUAUGCCGGUUUAUGCCAUGUCUUGUUUCAAAUUGCCAAAAGCGAUUUGUGAUAAUCUAAGAAGUGCAAUGUCCAACUUCUGGUGGAGCGCAGUAGAGCACAAGAGGAAAAUUCACUGGAUCAGUUGGGAUAAAAUGUGCCUUCCUAAGCAGUUGGGUGGUUUAGGUUUUAGAGACAUUGCUGAUUUCAAUCAAGCUCUACUGGCUAAACAAGCGUGGAAGAUCUUACACGACCCUCAUUGUUUGCUGGCGAGUCUCUUAAAAAGCAGAUAUUUCUCGGAAAGAGUCUAUUAUGUCUGCAAAGGUGGGCUACAGACCUUCGUUCGCUUGGAGAAGCAUUUUAUGGGGAAGAGAGCUUUUAGAAAAAGGGCUGAGAAAGAGAGUUGGAAAUGGAAACACUCUAAGUGUUUGGACGGAUAA